AGCCUUGCAGGUCAGUCUGAGGGCACAGCUGCCCUGCGCACGUUGACGUCCCCGCCGCGCCAUCUUCAGAAAACACUCAGCGCUCCGCUGAAUGAAACUUCGCUUUUCUGGUUUAGGAGAGCUGAUCGCUGCAUGGACUGUUAACUUUGCUUCGGCAGGUGUUUUAAAGACAUUAUGGGGAUCAAGGCUCCACGUCCACGCUGCUUCCUGGACAUUGGCAUCAGCAAUGUCCUUGUCGGCAGAGUCGUGGUGGAGUUGUUUGCGGAUAUGUGUCCCAAAACGUGUGAAAACUUCCGAUGCCUCUGCACAGGUGAGAAAGGCAUCGGCAAAGGAACCCAGAAACCUCUGCACUACAAAGGAUGCCUUUUUCAUCGGAUUGUGAAAGAUUUCAUGAUUCAGGGAGGAGACUUCAGUGAAGGUAACGGAAGAGGAGGCGAAUCCAUCUAUGGAGGCUUUUUCGAAGAUGAGAGCUUCGCUGUUAAACACAACAAGGAGUAUCUGCUGUCGAUGGCCAACAGGGGCAAAGACACCAACGGGUCUCAGUUCUUUAUAACUACAAAACCCUCGCCACAUCUGGAUGGCGUCCACGUGGUGUUCGGUCACGUGAUCGCCGGCCAGGAGGUCGUUCAAACCAUGGAGAACCAGAAGACCGACCACAACAGCAGGCCGUACGCUGAGGUGAAAGUUCUGAACUGCGGAGAGCUCAUCCCGAAAUCCAAAGCAAAGAAAGAACAAAAGAAGAAGAGAGAGGGAGUCUCGUCCAGCUCAAGCAGCAGCUCGAGUGACUCCGACAGCUCCUCCGAGUCCUCGUCCGAGUCGGAAAAAGAGUCAAAGAAGCGGAAAAAGAAGGCGAAAAAGCUUAAAAAGAAACAGAAGAAAAAAGAGAAGAAAAAGCCAGAACCUGAAAGUGCCGGAGAGAAAGAACAAGAAGAGGUGGUCACAUCCACAGUCCGCCCUGAGGAAAUCCCGCCCAUCCCCGAGAACCGGUUCCUCAUGAGGAGAAGCCCGCAGGCCGUCCAGAGGCCCACGGAGGAGGGCGACAAUAAUCCCAGAAAUAAAGACGACAGGACGAGGGACAGUUCUGGCGUAGGUUUUAAUUCCACAUAUCACAGAAGACUGGUGAUGACUCGGUCAGGCAGGAAGAUCAAGGGCAGAGGUCCUCGGAGAUAUCGAACGCCGUCGCGCUCUCGUUCGAGGUCCAGAGAUCGAUUCCGUCGCAGCGAAACGCCUCCUCACUGGCGUCUGGAGAUGCAGCGUCAGAGGAUGAGAGCAGUCACAGGGGAGCGCUGGAUCAAGGGUGACAGAAGUGAAAUGAACGAAGGUAAAGAUGAAGCAGAUAAGGCUCCUAAACGAGAGAGAAAGAUCUCCAACUCGACCCGCGAGCACUCGGCUGAGGGCAAAAAGGACAAGAAACGUUCCCACAGGUCCAAGAGCAAGGAAGACGCCAACGAAAAGGAUGAGAAGCAUAGCAAACACAAGGCAAAGAAGCGGGAGAAGUCUCACAGUCGCAGUAAGAGUCGCGAGAAGAGCAGGAGGUCCAAAAGCAGAGAGAAGGGUCAUAAGCAUAAAAGUGAUGAGAAAAGAGGCCGGUCGAAGAGCAAAGACAAACAUUCACGGAAGGAAAAGAAGGAAAAAGAGUCAGAGAGUGAUCAGAAGGAUAAAAGUAAGGGUCAUGAGUCUGACAAGAAACUUAAAGACGACGCGAAAGGAAGGAAUGGUGAAAGCGCCAGGACGAAAUCCAAAAGCAAGGAGAGAACUACAAAAGAUGCUCGCAGAUCGAGAAGCCGAAGCAAGGACAAAGGGUCGAAAGAUAAGGACGAGAAACGAGACAAAGACAGAGAGCGAGGCCGAGACCGCCGGAGUCAAGACAGGAGCCGAGAGAGCAAGAGGAGAGGGACGUCCAGGGACAAAGAGCGCCGGUCCAGGAGUCCAGACCGGAGCAAGACCAGAGACGGCCACCGGGGCCGGCGCUCCCGGAGCAGGAGCAGCAGGAGGCGGCACAGCAGGGAGCGCUCGUCCCACCGGAGAGACAAGGACCGGAGGCGCAGCAGCAGCAGCAGCUCCUCCUCCUCCUCUUCCUCCGACAGCGACAGAGACAAGAGGAAGAGCCACAAACGGAGAGCCAGGAGCGCCUCAAGGUCAAAAGACCGGCGGAACCGGGCCAGAUCCAGAUCAAACAGCGCGAAAGGCAGGGAUAAGAACGACAGCAGGAAGAAUCGGUCCAGCUCCAGCUCCAGCUCCGACAGCGACUGAACCUGCCGGGACCUGUUUGAUCCGAUGCUGCAUGAAAGCAGCGAUAGAUAGAUCCUCUCAUCGAUUGAUCUGCUCAGACUCUUCGAUUAGCUGAUCUGUGGACGACGUGCUGAAGCUGCUGCUGGAUUCAUGACAGUUAGUCCAGAAUGAUUCCUUCACAUAACACUUACUGUCAGUUCGUGAUUUUGUUCUGUUCCUUUCCUUGGCGAUUGUUUUGGUUGAACCGUUGCCUUCAUUCUGUUUUGUUUUGUUUUUAUAAGAAGACUGUUGUUUUCUCCUGAGUUAUUUUUAUGGCCAAUCCAGAGAGUAAUCGUCAAAAUGCAUGCAUAUGUUUCCUUCUUCGGCAGUCUGUCGACGUUCUGUUUUGACAUCUGAAAUGCUUUACUGUAAUCUUGUUUAGCUUUUUUUUUUUUUUUUUUUUUUAUUCGAACUCCGUCAUGGUUAUCUUGGUUAACACAGUAAGAAGUGUAUGAAUCCUGUUUUGAGUCCUCAGACCUCUGCUGAGGCCUUCAAGGAAAUAAAAGACGUGUUUUGAUUUUCA